UUUCAUCCAGCGUAUCAAAACUCGGUCUUCCAAGCUGUUGAAUGAUACUAUUUUUUUUAUAAAGCGGAAGAUUGAUAUAGAGGCGAAGAACGUAAGAUUUUACUCUACAUUUUCACUUCGAUAUUUGCUCAAAUCAACCUUCACCAUACAGAAACGUCUCUGCAACGCGGUAAAUCCGGCCUGGUUGCGUCACUUGCAACUGAGUAUCACGUGCUCACAAGGUCGUUGCACCGCAAGCCAUUUGACAAUACUGCCGCCAAAGGUUUCUAUCACUGACAAGUGACAAGACUCGUGGAGGCUACUAUCUACCACACUAUGACGAGGGUGGUCGGUCUCAUUGGGGGCUUCUCGUGGCAAACCACUGCUAUUUACUACCAUAAAAUCAACCAGCACGUCAAUUCCAAGCUGGGAGGCAUACAUUCGGCGCGCCUCCUCAUCAACUCGAUCGACUACACGGACCUGGCCUCCUUGGCUGGCGCAAGAGAUUAUGCGGGCAUGACGAGACUCCUCUGUAAAAGUGGCCGGGAUUUGAAGGCCGCCAACGCCGAGGCUCUCGCUCUCUGUGCAAACGUGGCCCACAAGGCCGCGGACGCGCUGGAGAAAACUACCGGCUUGCGCGUAUUGCACAUCGUGGACUCGACAGCUCCGGAGAUUGUCAGUCGGGGCAUCAAGAAGGUCGGUCUGCUCGCAACACGCGCCGUCAUGGAGGAGGAAGAUUUUUACGUCUCGCGGCUACAAAAGAAAUUCGGCCUGGAGGUCGUGGUCCCUGACGGCAAAUUCAGGUCCAAAGCGGACCGCAUGAUCUUCGAGGAAAUGAACAAGGAGGAAAUUCCCGAGACCGUCAAGUCGACAUGGCGGUCGGCCUAUGCGUCUUUAGUCAAGGAGCAUCAAGUCGGCGGCGUCAUCCUUGGAUGUACAGAACUUCGACUCGUUUUUCGGCCGCAGGAUCUCACGGCGCCUACAUUUGAAACAACCACUCUACAUGCGAAAGGAAUUUCGGAAUGGGCUCUCUGUGGAAAGAUAGACUAGUCAUCUACCAUAUCCUCUAAGUACAAAAGAGGCAAUCCCGGGCGUUGUGAUGUGUUGUUGCUCUCAACUUAGCACACACUUUCCUGGAUUCAUUCAUGCAUUGUCAGGAGUCUGUCCCCACCGGAGGGAAGCCAGAGACUCGAUAUUGAUAAGAGACCAAGGACCAGUGGGUGACGAGACGAAAAGGCAAUUGAAUAAUGUAGGCAUACGGUGGUGGAGUAAGACGUGACGAGAAAUGUCCCAAGGAGUGACAGAGCAAGUAAAGUAGUUUGUGAAGGAUUUUCUGCGAAGAACUGACCCUACAAAAGCAAAAUUGUGACCGGCAAUCCUCCAAUUCCUCUUUGACUGGGACCACAUUCAAGCACGGAUUCAUUGCAGACGCUUUACAUCUGGAUCAUGGUUUCUCUUAUCAACAAAGACAUAUGUGAUUGGGAAUUUCCUACCCCCUGAAGAAUUUAAAACUCGUUGGUUACAAAUCAAAGAUCGACAUUUACGUUAAGGCGUCAUAAAUCCCCUUUGGAGGUGAUACAAAAUGGCAACAAAAGGACGUAUCCCGAGGAGCGGGGUGAGGGUUUUCCGGCCCUCCCGUGUCACCACAUUAUAGACUGCACAUAUUAAUGAAUAUCAUACCAAC